AUGACCAACUCCUCCUCCGAGUCCGCGUCCUCCACAGCCGGAGGGUCCCUGCUGCUGCUCUGCGAGGAAGAGGGGUCGUGGGCGGGCCGGCGCAUCCCCGUGUCCCUCCUGUACUCCGGCCUGGCCAUUGGGGGCACGCUGGCCAACGGCAUGGUCAUCUACCUCGUGUCGUCCUUCCGCAAGCUGCAGACCACCAGCAACGCCUUCAUCGUCAACGGGUGCGCUGCCGACCUCAGCGUCUGCGCCCUCUGGAUGCCGCAGGAGGCGGUGCUGGGGCUGCUGCCCGCCGGCGCGGCCGGGCCCCCCGGCGGCUGGGACGGCGCGGGGGGCAGCUACCGCCUGCUGCGGGGCGCGCUGCUGGGCCUGGGACUCACGGUGUCCCUGCUGUCGCACUGCCUCGUGGCGCUGAACCGCUACCUGCUCAUCACCCGGGCGCCCGCCACCUACCAGGCGCUGUACCAGCGGCGCCACACGGCGGGCAUGCUGGCGCUGUCCUGGGCGCUUGCGCUGGGCCUCGUGCUGGCGCUGCCGCCGUGGGCGCCGCGCCCCGGCCCCGAGGCCCCGGGCGUGCACUACCCCGCGCUGCUGGCGGCCGCCGCGCUGCUGGCGCAGACGGCGCUGCUGCUGCACUGCUACCUGGGCAUCGUGCGCCGCGUGCGCGUCAGCGUCAAGCGGGUCAGCGUGCUCAACUUCCACCUGCUGCACCAGCUGCCCGGCUGCGCGGCCGCCGCCGCCGCGCUCCCCGCCGCCCCGCGCGCGCCGGGCCCUGGCGCCCCUGCGCUGCCCGCGCUCUCCGCGCCCCCGCCUCCCCUGCCGGCCCCGCUGCAGCCCCGCCGCGCGCAGCGACGGCUCAGCGGCCUGUCGGUGCUGCUGCUGUGCUGCGUCUUCCUGCUGGCCACGCAGCCGCUCGUGUGGGUCAGCCUGGCCAGCGGUCUCGCGCUGCCCGUGCCCUGGGGAGUGCAGGCGGCCAGCUGGCUCCUGUGCUGCGCUCUGUCCGCGCUCAACCCGCUGCUCUACACGUGGAGGAACGAGGAGUUCCGCCGCUCCGUGCGCUCCGUCCUGCCCGGCGUGGGGGACGCGCCCGCCGCGCCCGCCGUGUCCCAGGCGCCGCUGGGCACCCGCGCCGCCGGCCAGCACUGGUGA